AUGGACUCCAUAGACAAGAAAGUUCAUGAGAAAUUAGAUGAAGAAGAACUUGAAGAUACAGUAGAGAAUGCUAAACCUUUGUUUGAAGAAGAAGUUGGAAAAAUGUGCGAAAAACAAUUAGAACAUGAACGUGAGUUAUGUUAUGGUUAUAGAGAUUCUCCAUACGAACUAGACCAAUGGGAACAAGAAAAUUUAAAGAGAGAAUUUAGAGAAUAUGAACUCGCUAAGAUAGCAUUAGAAGCUGCAGAAAAGAAGUUAAAAGCUUGGGGUCGUUUUGUACAAAAAUAUUGUGAGUAA